AUGUUCACCACUUUUGUGGGCGUCUCGCCGCGCCCGUCAUCGACCAAGGGGACCGCCUCGCCAGCACCGCGCCCAAAGAGAAACCAGGUCCACCGUGCCUGUGACUGGUGCCGUCUGAACAGGGUCAAGUGCGACAGCAGCAGGCCGUGCCACAAUUGCAAGCAGAUCGGCCGCCGAUGCAGCAACGACGGCCUGAACGAGUUCCGGAGCCUGGCCUCGGCCACCAAGUACGACCCGGGAGCUUCUGUGCUGCUCGACAACCAGCUGACUUGUUCUCCAUGCAGGGAAGUCGAACGGCUACGUGCCCAGAUCAGGGACCUCGACCGACGGCUGAGAGCCGCCAACCCCGACGACACUCCCACUCCGCCCUUGACUGCAGAGAAGCCGUGGCCCGGCGCCGACGAUACGCUGGAGCACUACGAAUCACGACUGGACGCCCGCGAGGGCCCAAUUGUAUCCGAUGAUUCUGACCUGCACGGCACCCAUUACUACGGCCCCUUCUCCUCGCGGUCCUUCAGCAACCGACUGUCGUCGUUCUUGGCCAGCGUGCUGCAUCGGCCAUUCCACGACAUGGAGCAAGCCGACGACGAUGCGGGCUCGGCGGUGCUCCGGCUGGGCGGCGGCGGGCCGGCGUACCUAUCUCUCGAGGACCAAAUCAGCUGCGACUGGCUGAGCAAACCGCAGCAAGACUACUUCCUGGAUCUGUUCUGGUCGCAACAGCACGCGCUGCCGCCUCUGGUCUCGCGGGCCGACUUCCAGCUGCACUACGACUCCCUCUGGACCACGCCUUCGCUCGGCGUGUCCUUCCGUAAGCCGUCGCCGCUCGUCGACAUCAUCCUCGCGCUGAGCAUCCAGCUCUCCACCUUCCGGCCAACCCACGGCGACGACGACAAGCACAACACCACCCAACCCAUCCCCCAGCCCUACUCCUCCUCCUCCAUCUCCUCCUCCUCUUCCUCCCUCUCCCUCUCACACUCCUCCUCCUCCUCUCCCUCCCCCCGCCAGCUCCUCCUCAUCAGCCACGCCUACUUCCACCGCAGCGCCGCGCUCCUCUCCUCCUCUUCCACCACCACCCCAACAACAACGACAACAACAACAACAACAACCUCGACAACCCCCACAACAACCUCCCCCGCCCUGACAAACCCCACCCCCGCCCGCACCCCCACCUCCGCCCCCCUGACAACCGUCCAAACCCACGCCUACACAACCCUCUACCUCCUCCACGCCCGCCGCCCCAACGCCGCCCACGCCCACCUCGCCGCCGCCGUCCAGGCCGCCCACGCCAUCGGCCUGCACCGCGAGCCGCCGCAGCACCAGCACCAGCAUCAGCACCACCAGCAGCAACAGCAACAGCAGCAGCGGCGGCGGCGGCAGCGGCAACAGAAGCAGCAGCGCCGCCUCCUCUGGUGGGCGCUGUACGCGCUGGACGCGGCGGUGAGCGGCGAGGCGCUGGGGCGGCCGGGCCUGGCGGGGCUGCGGGGGGCGACGGUGAGGGUGGUGCCGGUGCCGGCGUCGGCGUCGGCGUCGGCGUCGGUGGCGGCGUCGGGGGCGGGGGCAGCACGCGGGUCACAGCCCGUGGGCGGUGGUCAGCGGGGGGAUGGGAAUCAUGGGGGGGAUCAUCACGGGGGGGAUGGGGAUUGGGAUGGGGAGGAGGGGGUGCGGUUCCUUGCGCUGGUGGUGCGGUUGGCGGACGUGGGGCGCGGGGGCGCGGGGGUGUAUGCGGAGUGGGAGGGGGAGUGGGAGCGGGAGCGCGGGGCGGAGCGGGAAGAGGCCGGGCGGCUCGUGGGGGAGCGGCGGGAGCGGUGCGCGGCGGCGGUGGCGGAGUGGGUGCGCGGGCGGCUGGGGGCGUGGAAGGCGCUGGUGCCGCGGGGGCUGGUGUUGAUGCGGCGCGGGACGGGGAGGCGCGGCGGCGGCGGGGUGGAGGCGUUUGCCGUGCCCGCCGAUCAGGGCGAGGUUGGCGUCGGCGGGCAGUUGGAUCUGGAUGAUGGGCGCGCCGCCGCCUGGCUGCGCGAACAACGCGUCCUCCUCGCGCUGCGGUACCAUGGCGUGGCCAUGGCGCUGUAUCGCCCGUUUGUCUGUCUCCCGUUGCUGUCGGCGUCGUCGGCGGCAUCGUUAUCGUCGUCGUCGUCGUCGUCGUCGUCGUCGACGCCCCUCGCGGAUGCAAACGCCGUCGCUUGCCUCAAUCACGCCAUGGCUGUUACGGAUAUCGUCCACCAAGCGCUGUCGUCGCCGUCGAGCGCGGAGACCAGCGGCGGUUGCGGCGUUGUGUAUCAGCAGCUGCAGCACGAUGCCGCCAUUGUCCUGGCGGGCUAUGUGUGUGCGUAUCCGCUCAGCCCACACGCGGGGGCUGCGCGGAGGGCGUUGGGGGUGGCGGGGAGAGUGUUGGAGAGGAUGGCGUGCGGCGGGUCGUGGGAGGAUGGAGGGAGGAGGAGGAACGUGGCGAGGGAGUUGGGCGCCAUGGUCGAUGCCGUCGUCCAGCGGGUUCGGGAUGGGGGGUACGUGGGCGGAGGCGGUGGCGGCGGCGGUGGCGGGAGCCAGAUGUGCUUCACCACUGCUACUGCUACGGCUUCGACCAUGGCAACGACGCCGGCAUCAUCCUCUCUUUUCGGAUCUUCUCCCUCGCCUUUUUCUCCGGUCCUGGACCAGAACAGCCUUUUCCCCCUUUCCCUCCCCAUCACUUCGCCCUCGGCCUGCACCACCACCACCACAAGAACAGCAACAAACUCCACCUCCACCUCCAACCCCAGUUCGACGCUCGGAUCGCCUCAUCCUCCACCUCUCAGCGACGGCGGCGGUUUCAUGGCCAUGAGCGCCGGAGGCAUGGAUAUGUCGAUGCUCGAGCCAUCCAUCACGUCGACCGCCUACGCUGAGGAUGCCGACGUGUGCUGGAUGGCCAACCAUCAUGGCUUGAGUGAGCAGCAGCAACAGCAGCAGCAGCAGUUGUGGCAUACGGCCGUCGACAUGAGUGCCGCCGCGGAUACCGAGAUGCUCAUGAUGAGGGACUUUGAUUUCUCCCGGCCGCCGAUGGAGACGGACAUGGGCAUUUUGCGUGAUGGAGAGUAUGGCUAUCGGAAUUGCUUCUAA